AUGACUAAUGAAGAGAUUAGGGCGGCUUUUCUAACCCUAGCCCGAGCCAUGACGGCUCAAGCUAACCGAGAUGUGGGGCCUAGGGUGAAUGCUAAUGAGAGUACGGCAGCCUCAAGGUUGAGAGACUUCGUGACGAUGAAUCCUCUUUUCUUUUUGGGCUCUUGCAUUGGAGAAGACCCCCAAGGAUUCUUGGAUGAGAUUUACAAAAUUGUGGAUGGUAUGGGAGUAUCUUCUAGAGAGAAAGCGGAAUUGGCUUCAUACCAAUUGAAAGAGGUGGCCCAAAUUUGGUACACUCAAUGGAAGGCAAAUAGGCCGGAGGAAGCGGGUCCUAUAGAAUGUGAGGAAUUUAAGGAAGCAUUCUUGGGUAAGUACUUUCCCAUAGAGAAGAGGGAGUGCAAAAUUGAGGAGUUCAUUAAUCUUAGGCAAGGAGGUGGUGGUUCUCAAAUUGCUAAGCCUACUUGUUUCACUUGUGGAAAGAAGCAUUUUGGGAAGUGUCUAUCCGGCACUAGUGGUUGCUAUGGUUGUGGUAAAAAUGAUCACAAGGUGAGAGAUUGUCCUAAUAAUGUGUCUAAAGGAAGGAAUGCUAGGCAGGCUCCUUAUAGUGGUCCUAGUGUUGAUGGUCAAUCAAGGAAUCGUUUCUAUGCUCUCCAAGCUAACAAGGAAGCAAAUCCGGAUGAAGGUGCCGGUAAGUCAUAA